AGACCAAACAGACACCACACCUCAGACAAUCAGCCCAACGUAGACGGAUGUGGCGACAGCAACCACGAUUCCAAGUCCAGCAUAAGAAUGAGUGCUACUGUUCGUAGUGGUUUCAGAGCUUUGCUUGAUGUCAAGGCUUCAUUGCCAGAAGGCCGGCCCAUUGAUGUUGCAGAGUUUGGAAAAGCUCUCACUGAGCUAUAUGGUCCUGGUCUUCUAGGAAAGGAUGGGGCCCAUCCCUCUGGAAAAUUGGGUAGGUGCAACCUGGAAACCACCUGGGUAUCACAUAGUCAGAUAUGAGAGUCUUUGAAUGCGCGAUGCUUACCAAAUACAAUAGGUCUUGCCAUCAGUGGUGGCGUUGAUUCCAUGGCGCUGGCAGCACUAUAUUCCCGUUUAAGGCUCCAAAAUGAUGCGAUGCCGGAUGUUCAUGCAUUUGUCGUAGAUCAUGGAGCGAGAGAAGGGAGUGCUGAUGAAGCAAAUUCUGUUGCCAAAGUUUUGGCUGAGAGAGGUAUGUAGAUUCUCCUGCAUUUGCAAAUUACUCUCUAAUUCAUAUUCUCAGGCAUCCAGACUCGCGUUCUACAAAUAGACUGGGGAGGGCCCAGAAAGCCAACAAAUUUUGAGACGCAAGCGAGGAAAUUUCGCUACAGAACUUUGGGGAAAGCCUGUAGGGACUUGGGAAUCAGAUCUUUACUAGUUGCCCACCAUGAGGAUGACCAAGCUGAGACUGUCGUGAUGAGAUUGUUGAAAGGCCAUCCAACACAAGGACUCAGGGGUAUGAAACCUUAUGCACCAAUACCAGAAUGCCGUGGCAUAUACGGUGUCCAUCAAGGUGGUGGAGAUGUGGAGGAGACAUUUUCUUAUCAAAACACGCUUCUGAGCAAACUUCCAUUCCCACCUCAGCUACCGACAGCGUCGGGUGGCAUAAAACUUCUUCGUCCAUUGUUAAGCUUUUCAAAAAGUCGUUUGAUAGCUACAUGUCAAGCGGAAAAGAUGAAAUGGUUUGAAGACGCUACAAACAAGGACCCAACGCUGACCCAAAGAAAUGCUAUUAGACAUGCCUACAACUCCAACAAAAUGCCGGCUGCGUUGUCAAAGUCGGAUGUUCUCCAAUUGGCUGAGAGAGCGAAGGAUAUUUUCCUCACGCAACAAGAAAUCGCCGACUCGUAUCUUUCUCGAUGCGAAAUAUCAGACUUCCAAACACGAAGUGGGAUUCUAAAAAUUCGUUUCCCAACUCUGGAUCUCCCAACGGACUUGCCUCUUGAUCAGAAAAUAUUCAUUGCGACAAACAUUAUCCGAAAUGUAAUCAAACUCGUCGCACCACACGAGAUCCUUGCGAGCGACUUGGAACUUACCAUAAAACGGAUAUUCCCCGAACUCUUCCCAAACGAAGACAUCAAGAGAGUGUUGUCGUCCACUGUUGAGAUGGUCGUAAUACUACAACAUCCCGAAGAAUCUCAAACCAAUAAACCCUACUACACCAUCUCCCGAAGUCCCUUCGCAAGAACCAGACACCCCAUCUAUACCUUUCCACUCCCAGAAAUAAAUCUGACUUCAGAGUCACUCGAAACACCAGACCCUCAAGCGCAAACACAAGAAAUUCCUUGGUCAGAAUGGCAUCUCUUCGAUGGCCGCUACUGGAUCCGCAUAAAAAACAAAACCUCCCACCGCAUCCAACUCCGACCCUUCAAAACAACAGAAUUGAAAGCCUUCGCAGCCAACCUAUCCCCCUCCUCGGUCGAAAAACUGUUCCAGCUCUCCCCCAUCUUACCCAGACAUAUAAAAUGGACCCUUCCCUGCCUCGUCCUCCAACCAGAAAGUCCCGAAGAAAAAGUCCUAGCCCUCCCCUCUUUACACAUCGGAAUUAAAGACGUGGAGAACUACAUCGACUACGAGAUCAAGUACAAAAAGAUCUACUGGGGCGCUCUGAGUACAGAGAGAGUAGAUCUCUGCCAGACCCCGAGUGUGCGUGAAAAGCCACCCGCGCGGUGGCUUGCGUUGGGUCUCCAAAAGAGUUCUUCAUCGGAACAGCCACUCGUUCGGCCACAUUGGUCGGGUUACGAGGACGUUCGGUUCCAUAUGACGAAUUACGACGAAAAGAGUUAUUCAUCGGAGCAGAGACUCGUUCGGUACCAAAAACGCUUUGGGCCCAAAAUUCAGUUCAAAUAUUCGCCCGAAGUGACACCCGAGCCAGAUGUUGAAAAAGGAGAAAAGGGAGAGAAAGGGGUGGUCCGUAAAGUGGCCUUGACGAAGGUGAGGAAACUUGAUGAUAUACCUAAAGACGACCACGUACCGAUGAUGCAAACACCCCUCGAGGCUUCUGCGCCCAUUCGGAAGUCGUAUACUACCGGGUCCAAAUUUCUAACCUAGGAUGUUUACCAGCGAACGUUUUGAAAGGGGUUGAUUGCAUGAUGGCAAACUAAGGAUAUCUACGAUCAGGAGGAUGGCUCCUAAUCCUUGGGUGGGGAAAAGCUGGGGAAUACAGGGGAGUUUUUGAGAUGGAGUUGAGGUUUGGUUUCGAUGCGUCAUGUAUUGUAAGAUUAAUCGUGAGAGUGGAGAAUGAGGAGAAAAAAUUCCUCCUCGUAUAUAAGUAAUUUGAAGUGUUGCUACUA